AUGGAUGCAGAGAAUUACCGCAGAGAUGAGGAGGACCACUAUGAAAAUUAUAGGGUUUCUGGAAGAGAAGAAGAACGUAGGAGGGAGAAGGAAAGAGAUAGGAGGGUUAAUAACGCAGGCGAAGAAAAUCAUAAGAAUGAGGAUUCUAAAGUGUCAAAGCAAGAAGGGAAUAUGAUUACACAGACGGGAAGGAGGGGAGGAGUUUAUAUUCCCCCUUUCAAGUUGGCGAGGAUGAUGAAGGAGAUACAGGAUAAAAGCUCAGUUGAAUACCAAAGAAUUACUUGGGAUGCUCUUAGGAAGAGUAUAAAUGGGUUGGUGAACAAAGUGAAUAACCCUAAUAUAAAGAACAUAAUUCCGGAAUUGUUUGCUGAGAACCUGAUUCGUGGAAGAGGUCUGUUUUGCCGGUCCUGUAUGAAGUCCCAAAUGGCUUCUCCUGGUUUUACAGAUGUAUUUGCAGCAUUAGUUGCCGUUGUGAACAUUAGGUUUCCAGUGGUAGGUAAUCUUCUCUUGAGGAGAAUUAUAUUACAACUCCAAAGAGCAUACAAACGAAACGAUAAGCCCCAGUUAUUGGCAGCAGUUAAAUUUAUAGCUCACCUCGUGAACCAGGAAGUAAUCCAUGAGCUAAUUGCUCUGGAAUUACUUGCUGUUUUACUGGAAAAUCCAUCAGAUGACAGUGUUGAAGUUGCUGUUGGUUUUGUUACUGAGUGUGGAUCCAUGCUGCAAGACCUCACCCCCCGUGGGUUGCAUGGUAUCUUUGAGCGCUUUCGUGGGAUACUCCACGAAGGAGAGAUAGAUAAAAGGGUUCAGUUCUUAAUCGAAGGCCUCUUUGCAUUGCGUAAAGCAAAGUUUCAGGGGUACCCUGCGGUACGUCCAGAGCUUAAUCUAGUAGAGCAAGUAGAUCAGUUGACCCAUGAAAUAUCUUUCCAAGAUACUAUAGAUCCUGAAAUUGCUCUUGAUAUUUUUAAGCCAGAUUCUAACUUCUUAGAGAAUGAAAAAAAGUAUGAAGAAUUGAAAACCGCAAUCCUAGGUGAGGAAUCUGAGGAAGAAGGGAAUUCUCAUGCUGAGUCUGGGGAUGAUGAUGAUGAUGAAGAAGAAGAAGAAGAAGAGGAUGAAGAGCAAAUGAAAUUAAAAGACGAGACUGAAACAAACUUAGUCAACCUUAGGAGAACUAUCUAUCUAACAAUUAUGUCCACUGUUGGCUUUGAUGAAGCAGGUCAUAAGCUGUUGAAAAUUAAACUUGAGGCUGGUCAAGAGAUGGAGUUAUGCAUAAUGCUUUUAGAGUGCUGCAGUCAGGAGAGAACAUACCUCCGCAACUAUGGUCUUUGGGGGCAGCGUUUUUGCAUGAUCAACAAAGUUUACCAGGAGAACUUUGAGAAGUGUUUUGUGCAACAAUACUCGAUGAUUCACCGUCUGGAAACAAAUAAACUGCGAAAUGUUGCCUUGUUUUUUGCACAUCUGCUUGCAACUGAUGCAUUGCAUUGGCAUGUUCUGGCUUACAUACGGCUUACAGAAGAAGACACUACCUCUUCUUCUCGCAUAUUUAUCAAGAUUCUCUUUCAGGAAUUGUCCGAACACUUUGGGAUUCGCUUGUUGAAUGACCGUCUUAAUGACCCAACAAUGCAGGAAUCGUUUGACUCAAUAUUUCCAAAGGAUAAUCCAAAAAAUACUCGGUUUGCAAUCAAUUUCUUCACACAAAUCGGUCUGGGUGGGAUUACAGAAAAUCUCAGGGCAUAUUUGAAGAAUGUGCAGCGCCUAAUAAUGCAACAAAAGAAAUCUGUUUCAGAAUCGAGUUCUGGCUCCUCCUGCGAUGAGUCCGAAUCUGAAUCAUCUAGCUCUAGCUCUGAGGAAGAUACACGAAGGAAACGGAUGAGACAUUAG